AUGGCGCCAAACCGCCCAACCUCGCCCACGGGCAUGCUUUGGGCGCACCAGCUGAAGCGCGAGCAUGGCUUCCUACUCGACCGGAUGAAGAAACUGGAGAGCGAGAUCACCAAGGUCGAGUCAACAGCCAAAUCGGCCAAGGACGCAACCGCCAGCCACGACAUUGCCGCCAUUGCCAGCAAAGUCAAAGCACUAUCUGAAGAUGGAGGUUCAAAGGCCACCGAGCAGCUGCGUGAAGAAGUCAUGGAGCGACUUGAGAACAUCGCCGCCGAAAUGGAAGCCAUCACUCUCAAGGUCGCGGCGAUCGAUGAGGACUCUGAGAGCGUGGAGGAGGAGCGGAGACGGGCUUUCAGCAAUGAGAAGGCGCUGUUGAAGAGGGUGAAGGAGGUCGAGGAGCAUCUCAACCAGUAUGAGAAGAAUCUCAAUCGGAUCGGUGAUCAGGUCAAUGAGCAGCAGAUGGAUGUCAUUCGCGCUCAGCUGGCUGAUCUUCUGGACCAAGUCAAGGGGGAAGGUGCUGAGAGGGGGGCUUUCAAGGACAGUCUGCAGGUGCUGGAGCAGGUGACCCGGGAGCUGAAGAAGGACAAUGAGAAGCUUGUGAAGGAGAUCAAGGCUCUUAGGAAGCGACCUGUUGCUCCGACUGUUGCUGUGCAGCCAACUGCCAUGGUUGCGUCCGCACCCAAGUCUGCAUACAACGCACUGCCGGUGAUCGACAGAGAUGAGCAAGCGACCACCAACCGGAUGCCUCCUCCGCCGCCGGCGAUCCAGAAGGGUGUCAAGAGAGUAUUUGGCACAGCAUGCAGUGCCUGCCGCAAGUCUCAUCUACGCUGCACGCAUGGUAGCAAUGCAGCAGGUGCCGUUGAGGAGGAUGCUGAGGAAGAGGACAUACCCGAGGCACCCGCACCAAGACGCACAGGAGCCGCCAAUACCAAGAGCAACCCAGCACCAACCCGGAAAGAGAACACCCGUACCGCCAAAGCCAUCAAGCAAGAAGCUGCCGAGGCCCAAGGUCUUCAGGCCACGACUAAAGCACCAGCAGCGCGUGGACUGCAGCGAGAGAUCCAGGACCUGAGAUCAGCCAGUCAAUUCAUCAAGAAAGAGGCGGACACUCAACGUCCGGUGCAAAAGCAGGUGAUAGCCUCCGGUCGCGGAUGGGUCGUCGAGCGCACCCCAAGCGACGGCCAAAACGCAGAGCCAGCCCAGACCUCGCAAGACAGCACCAAAGGCCUCACAGCCGCCGAGAGAGUCAAGCGAGGACGCGGCCGCCCCAGAAAGAAUCCUCAAGAACCACCCCCACAAGCCUCCGCCGCACCAAAGCGUGGCCGCGGCCGUCCACCCAAGAACCCCUCCCAGAUCUCAACCCAAGUCACGCAGACCUCGCAAACCGACACCCCCAAGCGCGGUCGCGGCCGUCCGAGAAAGGACGCAACCCAGCUCCUGAAACUCGUCGAAACCCCCAAGCGCGAGCGCGGCCGUGGCCGACCACGUAAAGACGCCGCACAAACCCCAGCCGCUGUGAGAUCCUCCCCUCCACCUCGCCAGAUCAAGCAAGAGUUCGUCGAGUCUCGCCAGCAGCCUCUGCGGGAUGUCACAGCCGCGCAGACGACGGAGAGACCGAUGCCGGUGAAGAAGGAGCCUGGUAGGGAGAAGAAGCAGUCGGCUUUGGAGGCGUUGAGGGAGAAGUUGGCGGCGGGUCGAAGUGGUGGAAUGGGGAGUUCUAGCUCGGUGCUGUCUUCUGCGCAGCCUUCGCCGCCGAAGCGCAAGGCCGUGGAGCCUCCGGCGCAGCAGCGGCGGCCGAAGAGGCGGACGAUGGAGCAGGAUGUUGAUGACGAUGAUUGA